AUGAGGGUCAAAUCUUGGGGACUAAGCCACCUGGCUUUGUUGCUCGUCGGGCUGGUCACGCUAGUACGAGCUGACAUCUUCUCGUCACUUGCGAAAUUGCCCUCCUGCGGUACGGAAUGUUUUCAAUCGUCCCUCGCCGAAUCGACCUGCGGACUCAACGUGACCUGCAUUUGUGCGGACAAGACGUUCCACGAUGUAGCGUUCAAGUGUAUCCUCGGCACGUGCUCGGUCCGUGACGCACUGGAGGUGGGCCGGGUCGAAGCAGAGGCAUGCGAGAGGCCAGUCCGGUCUAGGAGGCAGGACAUUCUGAUCCCAUUGGCAGCGUACUUACCUGCGUGGAUCGCGCCCUGGUUGCGUUUAUACUCGAGGUGGACGACGUGCGACAGACUGGCCAUCGACGACUAUAUGAUGAGUAUCUGCGCCAUCUUCUACGUGGACGAGAGCUUCUACCUGUUCUGCCUCAGUCUGACCAAAGUCUCGAUGAUCUUCUUCUACCUACGGGUCUUUCCGAACCGUGGCUUUCGAUACGCCGCGUUCGCCACCAUGGCCUUUGUCAUCAUCCCGACCGUGGUCCUGAUCUUUGCGCAGAUCUUCCAGUGCUCCCCGAUUCACUAUGUCUGGGAUGGUUGGGUCGACGGUUCGCAGGCGGACCACUGCAUCAACAUCAACGCGCUCGCCUACACGGCGGCCUCGUUCAGUAUCGCGCAGGAGCUGGUCCUCCUGGUCCUCCCUCUGCCGCUGCUCAUCGGGCUGAACAUGGGGCUCAAGCAAAAGGCCGGCAUCAUCCUCAUGUUCAGCCUGGGCGUCUUUGUGGUGAUCACGUCGUGUGUGCGCCUGCGAUACAUUGUCUCCUUUGGCCACACGGUGAAUCCGUCGUGGGACUUGACGGACCCUCUCAUCUGGUCUGGCAUUGAGGUGUCCGUGUCCAUCAUCAUUGCCUGCCUGCCGGCCAUCCGUGUGCUCAUCAUUCGCGUCAUCCCGGGGUUGCUCAGCUCCUUGGGGAGCCGCGGGCCGAGCAACAAGAACGGUUAUGUCAAGGAAGGCUCGGGCUUCUCCGCGCAGAGAUCCACCAACAGCCGAAACAAGCUCCAGCGCCGGCGGAGCGCCAAUAUCUUCUCUUCCCGCGAAUGUGACGUCGACGACGACGGCAACGGCAACGGCAGCGAGGUCGAGCUGGGCCUGCAGCUCGGGGACAAGAUCCGAGGCAACGUGCAGACGGAGAUCUACGGGGCGCAGGACACCGAUUCAGACAAGGCUGACCAAGGGAUACGCAUAAACACGACCACGCGGGUGGACGUCCAUGAAUUCGAAAUGGAGCGGCGGAGACAAUCAUGA